GGUCAUAAUCCCAGGCGGGUUCACCCUGGAGACCAGUGCGCGGCCGCGGAUCUGGACCCGCCCGUUGCUCCGCCCCACCGGGAGAGUCGGUGCCACCAUGGAGGAGUAUCAUCGCCACUGCGACGAGGUUGGCUUCAAUGCGGAGGAAGCCCACAAUAUUGUUAAAGAGUGUAUAGAUGGAGUUUUGGGUGGUGAAGAUUAUAAUCAGAACAACAUCAACCAAUGGACCGCAAGCAUAGUGGAACAAUCCUUAGCACAUUUGGUUAAGCUGGGAAAAGCUUAUAAAUAUAUUGUGACCUGUGCAGUGGUCCAGAGGAGUGCAUACGGCUUUCAUACAGCCAGCUCAUGCUUUUGGGAUGUCACAUCUGAUGGAACCUGUACCGUAAGAUGGGAGAACCGAACCAUGAAUUGUAUCGUCAAUGUUUUUGCCAUUGCAAUUGUCCUGUGACAGACUAAAAAUGUUUCUGCUUUAAAUUUGUCAGUGUAUCCUUUCUAAAAAGAGUAACAGUUACUUAUUAAUGUGCUAGAUGACAAAUGUGCAAUAUGCUUCAAAGCUAUCAACAAAAACUGAAUAUUAUAAGCAAGCAAUCUCCUAGUAAGUUGGAAAAUUAUCUCAUAUUCUAUAUAGAAUCACUUAAAUAGGAAAAAAAUUAAUGUCAGCAAAAAACAAAUACAGAAUCAUGGCAUGACAUGAAAAUACAAUCAUAUUUACACCAGCUUUUCACCAAUGUUAUGUACCUAAGGGGAUAAGAAAUUCAUUCAGAUAAUAAAAUUCUUUUUCAGUUUCAGAGAAUUUAACAGGGAUAAAUAUAAGAACAAAAAGAACUGCAAGGAUAAAUCUGGAGAAAAUAAUAGUUAGCUAACACUUCUUAGCUUUUUAUUUAUUUUCCUCAGUUGUACAUAUGGCUUAGUGGAAAGUAAUUGUUUUUUUUUUUUUUUCUAUUGACUAAUAUUAUAGUAGCAACUAUUAUUAACUUGAUUAUAUGAGAACUGUUAAAACAGUUUGUAAAAUUUCAAAUUCUUAAAUUUACAUCUGAGGAUGAGUUAAAUCUGGUAAACUGAAUUCUCUAGUUAAACAGAAUGAGUUAUAGUAUAUGAUCAAAAAUAUAUGACUAACUGCUGCCUUAUAAUUCACAUAUUCCAUGUGUAACAAACAUGUAUUGAAUGCUUGUUAUGAGCAUAUUUCUCUGGUACUCAUUAUCAUUAUCAAUAUGCUGUUCAAAUUCUAAGUUUCUUUUCAGUUGGACAACUAACAUUUAUGUUUGGGGAAUAAAAAAAAAGAGUUCUUUUACAAGAGAGGAACAAAGUGAAUCUGGUUAUCCAUGUAGAAGCAAGCAAAAUGGAAAGCACAGUGCUGACAGAAAAUCAUAGAUGUAAUAUUAAGAAUUGCUCCUAGCAAGUAAAAAAAUGCAUAAAAUAUGCAACUGUUAACUUAAAGGCCUUAUUAGCAGUCUGACUGUACAAGUAGUAAAUUUUGUCAUUGCUACAUCUGUAAAUAAUUUUAAAUACUUAUGUGGGGUUCAAAUUAAAUGGAAUAAAGCGUAAAUUAAAAGUAUACAAUCAUUAGCAGGUUAUUGAAAAUCUCAGGGCUUAUGAAAUGUAGUUAAAUUUAUUAAGAAAAUAAAAGAUGAAAAAUUAAGGUACACAGCUGGUCACCAAAUGCGAAUUUGAUCUGCUAUUUAACCUUGAAAACAAAAUGAAGUUUGCAUGUUACCACUAACACUAAUACCUAUAGGGAGUGGAACCAUGAUUCAUUGAAUUUUGGGGGGAAGGAAAGCUUGGUAUUAAUACUGACAAUAUUAAGAUAGUAUUCUUGUAGGAAUACUAUGUGCAUGUUUGAUAUUUUGCUGAGUAACAAUAAUUGUUGGUGUUUAAGAAGAAUAUAUAAGAAAAUGCAAAGGUAGAGUUUAAUGCAGUGAUCUACAUUAUUGGCAUGUCGAAAAUUCUCAUAGUCAUUACGUUUAUGUUACUUUACGCUGCUGGCUUUAGUGCCCUUGAAGAUUAUAAUAGUGACCAAACUAUCUGUGCAGUUAAGACUAAUUUUGAUUAUCGUUAUUGAGGCUUGAUCUUAAAAGAAUAAUAAUCGGAAAUACCUCGUGAACUUGCUGUCUGCUCUGUUUCUAGUUAAAAUAUAAUAAAGAUUAUCUUCCUGUGCUGUA